CUGUCAAAUGAGAUUAUCAAAUGCCACUAUAAUAAUCGAAUAUAUUUGUAGCUUUUUUCCAAUUUGAAAUAAUAAUUAACUAUGGGCAAAAGUAAAAGGGGUGAUUAUUUAUAUAGAUGUAAAUGUUGCUUGGAAGAAGUCGGCUUGAAGAAUCUGUGGACGGACUAUUAUAAAGAUGGUGAAUGCGAAAUAUACGGUGAAAUGUUGACGGAGUGUUUUGCGCUUACAUGGGAACCACCACCAGAAGAUGCGGAGAUGGAAUACAUAUGUGACACCUGUGUGUCUCGUCUCCGAGAUGCAGUUACCUUUAAAAAAGAGAUAUUAUACACGGAGCAUUUAAUUUUGGAACAAAUGAAGAACACAGCCAACGAUCACAUCAAGCAAGAGGAAGAGUCAGAAGAUGAAAUAAAAACGGAAUAUUUAAGUAUAGAAUAUUUAGAAGACGAUAUUGAUAGAGAUAAGACAGACAUCAAAAUCGAGAGUCCUCAAAGGAAACAGGAGGAGGAAGUAUUGAUGAUUAAGAGCAGAAGCAAGACAUACACAGAUGAAGAUUUGGAGAAGUGUCUACAAGCUGUCAUGAGUAAAGCAUUAUCACAAAAUAAGGCGUCGAUACUUUAUAACGUACCAAGGAAGGCCAUCAGCUCAGCCAUCGCUAAACAACGCAACGCCGUCAACAAAACAGUUAAAUCGAAAAAACACAAUACAAAUACGAAUGAAGACAACGUCGAAACGACAGAAUUUCAAACGAAAAUGUUUCCAGAAUUCGAAAACUUUGGCAACGAUAUCAGCGAAAUAUUUGAUUGUUCGAACGCAACGCCGAUACGCUGUAGAGGCGGUAUUGGCUACAAGUGCUGUUUCUGUAACGGGGAAUUCCCUGAUACAGCUGACCUUAAGAAACACACCAUGGAAAAGCACGAUAGCAAAACCAAGAGCGGUCUUAUCAAAGGAAAAUAUGCGUCAUCUUAUCUAGUAAAGUUAGAUAUAACUAAGCUCCUAUGUACGCUUUGUGAACAAGAUAUGAACACGAUUGACGAUCUUAUCGACCACCUGAUAACAGUCCACGGGAAAACUAUACACAGGAAUAUAAAAAAUUACAUCCUACCAUUUAAAUUUCAAGGGGAUGAACUAAGGUGUAUCGUAUGUUACAGCUUGUUCAAUAAAUUCAAAGUUCUCCAAGAGCAUAUGAGUACACAUUACAGGAAUUACGUAUGCAAUGAUUGUGACGCUGGUUUCGUUACGAGGACGAUACUAUUGAAUCAUAUAAAAUGUCACCAGACUGGUUUAUUCAAAUGCGACUAUUGCACGAAAACAUACAAUACGAUGAGAAAGAAGAGAGCGCAUGAGCGUUUAGUUCACAUUCAUGGGAGCAAGUUGAACAAAUGUGGUUACUGUAACGAGAAAUUUGAUAGAUAUCAGAAGAGAGAGGAACAUUUGGUGAAGGUACACGGCGUCCAGUCGGUGAACUUCAAGUGUCAGGCGUGCGAUAAAAUGUUCGUGUCGCAGCGUGCAUUGCGCGAUCAUACGAAACGCGACCACUUGAUGGAGAGGCAGCACACUUGUUCGGUUUGCGAUAUGAAAUUCUUCAGGCAGAGCGAAGUUACCAAACACAUGGUGAAACACACGGGUGUUAGGAAGUUUCAGUGUGAGGUUUGUUUGAAAUCGUACGGGCGACGGAACACGCUACGCGAACAUAUGCGUAUACAUACUAAUGAUAGACGGUUUAAGUGCGAACACUGCGGUCAGGCGUUCGUGCAAAAGUGCAGCUGGCGGGGACACAUGCGUGCGAAACAUGGGGAGCGCAUGUAAUAUGAAAGACAAUAGGAUAAAGCCAUUUAAGUACUUAAAUAAAUGGUCGAUAAACCAACAAACACGAUUAUUAAGUGUUUUUUUUCACGGCAGAUAUUUUCAAGGCAAUUUUUGAUGCAUUUUAAAGUAGAAUUAAAUUAUUUUUACUCUAUUAAACGAACCCAAAAUUAUAAAUAUAAACAGUGAUUUAUCGCACGUCCGCAACAGUUAUCUUUACAAUAAUCAAGAAGUGAAUAUCCGCUAGGAAGCUCGUAAACAAUUAAAUAUUAGAUAGACCGUUUGGCGUGGUUGGUAGAUACUCGCCUUGCACUUCGAAGGUGGGUUCGAUUCCCAUUCAGGACAGACAUUUGUGUGCAUGAACAUGUCUGUUUGUCCUGAGUCUGAGUAUCAUUAUCUAAAUAAGUAUGUAUUUACAAAAGAAAAGUAGUAUAUGUAAUAUAUCAGUUGUCUGGUUACCAUAGUACAAGCUCUGUACAAGGUUAAUUUGAGAUCAGAUGGCCGUGCGUGAAUAA